AUUGGCAACAUCCAAACGUGUUCCAAGUUUUAUUCUAACAUCCUAAAGAGAUCUCCAGUCAUGAAGACACUUUUUGUAGCAAGCAUUGCUUUUGCCUUUUUGGCAACAUACGUCUCAGGAGUUCAUGUCAUUGAAAAGACAUAUUUGGCAUCGAUGCGAAAAGCAGAAUUUUUGAAGAUUGUAGAGUGCAUAUCUAUAAGUCGAGAUCCAGUUCUAUGUGCCAAAUACUCUCACUGUGAAAAGCUUAUGCCAUACAGAGUUUUCAAAGCGGUAGAAAAAUGUCAGAAGGAGCAUGCCGGCCAUAUAUCGCUUAGAUGCACCAAGCACGAACCCCUUUAUAAGAAUCUUAUCAUUCCCACCAAGAUAUUUGACUGCACUGUGGAAACUGUUAAAAAACUAUCACAUCCAGAGAAAGAAGUCAUGCUGAAAUUUGAGGAAUGUGCAAAGAAACUGGAAAAAGAAAGUUGCAAAGUCGUAGAGACCCAUAAACAUGCUCAUCGUCUGCGUCAUCUCUUUUAAUCAUCUGUACUCAUAUGAAAUAUUUUUUCUGAAAUUUUUUUUAACAAGUUGAUGUAAAGGAAUAAAAACAAUGUUAAUAAAGCGAAAAAGUUGUGAACAUUAUUGCAUGCAAUAGUUUGCAAUCUUUCUGCUUUAUUAACAUUGUUUUAAUCUAUUUUUUCAUUAGUUUGAAUUAUUUUAUUUAAAUAAUUAACAGCAGUGCUUUGUUUGCUCCAGCAUAAAAUUAUUGUUUUAUUCAAUAAGCUGAUGUAUAUCAAAUACUGUUGUGUACUCAA